AUGGACAAAAAAAGGAGCAUAGUUAAGAAGCCAGAUAGGGGGAGCUUCCUGCUGGAUCACAACAGUGAAUGCACAUCAAUAAAAAAUGAUUAUUUAAAAUGCUUAAAGGAACACAAUAAUGAUCAUGUUAGUUGCAGAGAAUAUUCCAAAGAAUAUUUUAUUUGCCGAAUGGACAAAAAUCUACUCGAAAAGCAAAGUUUAAACGAUUUGGGCUUUUCUGAAAAUGAAAUAAAUCAUGAGAGCCGCAUAAAACACUUCAAGGAUGUGUACAGUUACAACAUGUAUAAUGAAACAAUGGAGAAUUUUCCAAAGGGAUGGGCGCUUAAAAGGACUGACACCGCAAGUGGUGCAGUUCCCAAAGAGGACAAAUUUACACAAGGGAAGCAGGACAAUAAAGCGGAUAUGAAACUAGCAGUAGGAGACGAUUUCUUGCUUUUAAAUCUUCGUAACGAUAAGGAAGGUGAACAGAAUUUAAAUGGAAAAGUGUUCGAAAUUACGCAAGAAAAAAAAAUUGCAGUAAAACGGAAGGAGGAAGAAGGUUAUUUGGCUGGAAAGGAGUACAUAAAAACUUUGGUGGAAAAAAAAAAGAGGCACCCCCUUUUUUCGUAUAAUAUAUUUAAGAAUAGUAACACAUAA